UAAAAAAAUGAGUGACCUGAAUUUUCUUUAAAAAAAAAGUCAGCAUUUACAUUACAUAUUCAAACCUUCAUUAGUUGGGGAGGAGGGAAAAGGAAAGUUUUGGUUGGCUUUCUGUUGGUUGCCUGGAAACAGAGACACCGAGAAGAGAUGAAGCAAACAACUCCGUAUUGCUGUGAAGGUGGCCUUCAGAGACAAGGCCAAAGUUGGGAAGACCCUUGCAGCUGCGCCUCCAGACAAGCACAUGGAGCUGAAAACCACAGCAUGUUAAAGGAAGCAGAGUAAGCCAAAGAGAUUUUGAGAAGUUGCUUUUCUAAUGCAUUUGAAACAAAGAUUAGGAGCUGCAUUCUGGGCCAGUUGCUAUAAACAUUACACAUUUUCAAUCAAGCCGGCUUCAACAGUGUGGAAGGAGGGGGUGUUUUAAAACCCUUCAACUGUGGAUUUUGAAAAUAUACUGUAGAAUCAAGUGAGUGAUGGCACUGAGGGUUUCCUUUUGUGCCUCAGCUUGAACAUUUUUGCCUUCCAAUUGCAUCUCUUGAAAGGUUGGUGCUUUCAUUCUGGAAUUCUGUGGUUACGUUGGAUUUCUUUUCAAAGGCACCUGUUGAAGGACAAUAAAAGAUAUCAAAAUAGUUGAAGGAUGCAGAAAAAAGGGCAGGCCAUUCUGAACUACCAGAAUGAUGUACUUGAGUUAAACACAAGGUCACAGCCUGGGCCAAGGAGCCCUGAGCGAAUAGAAGGUGAAGACUACUGCACACGCCUGCUUGAAAACCAGCUCUGCGUGGGUGACUUUGUGAAAAUACAGAGGGCCUUUGAGUCCCCAGAGCCAGGAGGAAACAUUUGCAUGUCCAGAGAGGAGUUUACACAAAGGAUGAUGGAGGUUAUUGGUUGGGGCUCACAGGAAGAAUAUGAAGAGCUCUUUGACAGAGUGGAUGUGGCCCAGGAUGGUUUCAUUAACUGGGACAAGCUGACUACAUUUGUGCUGUUAUCACUUUAUGAGAAAGAUGAACGGACAAAGGCAACAGUGGUUCCCCAGUGGAAGGACCUGGAAUUCCUCCCAGUAAAACAUAAGGAUACCAUUCAAAAUGUGAUUUUCUUGAAAAGUUCAAGUCGUUAUUUGACAAUCAGCAAAGAAGGUUUAAUUGGAAUUUGGGGUGAGAAUUUGAAGCUUCAAGAAAUAUUUCCCAUCACUUCAGAUGCCACCAAACUCAAACACCUGUGGGUUACAAGCCUGGUUUCUCUGGAAAAUGUGAACAAGAUAGCAGUGGCUUUCACAAGUAAAGAGAUUUGUUUCUAUGAUCUGCUGUCCAAAGAAGAAUUUUCUUGUCAAUACAAACUCCAAGGCCUGAAAGGAGCACCAAUUUACCUGCAUUAUUGGUAUGAUCCUCUAGAUGCCAAUGAAUCCAUUCUUUCUUUUGGGGAUAUAACUGGAAUGGUUCAAGCCAUUGUGUUCACAGCAGCCUCAAUUUCCCUGUUUGAGCGUCCUGCUAGUGCGUGUGAAGAUGAAGAAGCCACCAUGACUAUUAACUGGGCAGAACUGCUCUCUGGAUGUCACAGAUGUUGCCAUGUAUUACAGCACAGACUUCACCAUGGAGACUGGGUCAGGCAAGUCAUGUACAGUGCAUCUUUAGAUGCUAUCAUUUCCAGUACAACCAGCAAUGCAAAUACUGUGGUGCUGGCUUGGAGAGAGAAAUCAAAAAAGCAUCUGAAAAUGACAUCCUUCAACAUUGCCCAGGGCAUUCAUGCUUUUGAUUACCACUCUCAGCUCAAUUUAAUUGCAACUGCUGGCAUUAACAAUAAAGUUUGCCUUUGGAAUCCCUAUGUUGUUUCCAAACCAGUGGGUAUCCUCUGGGGUCACUCAGCCAGUGUAGUAGCUGUUCAGUUCUUUGUUGAAAGAAAACAACUUUUCAGCUUCUCCCAAGACAAAGUUUUGAGACUCUGGGAUAUUCAACUUCAGCUGUCCAUCCAGAGAAUAGCCUGUUCAUUCCCCAAAAGUCAGGACUUUAGAUGCCUCUUUCACUUUGAUGAAGCCCGCGGACGACUUUUCAUCUCAUUUAAUAACCAGCUAGCAUUGUUGGCAAUGAAGAGUGAGGCCAGCAAGAGGGUGAAAAGCCACGAGAAAGCAGUCACUUGUGUUCUUUACAAUUCCCUCCUGAGACAGGUAAUCAGCUCUGAUGUGGGGUCCACUGUUUCCUUCUGGAUGGUAGACACUGGGCAGAAAAUCAAACAGUUUACUGGUUGCCAUGGCAAUGCAGAAAUCAGCUCUAUGGCCCUUGAUGCAAAUGAGACACGGCUUUUGACUGGCAGCACAGAUGGGACUGUAAAGGUAUGGGACUUCAAUGGAUUUUGUCACCACACACUAAGUGUUGGGCAAGAUGGAGCUGUGGAUAUUUCACAGAUUCUCGUUCUUAAGAAGACAAUCCUGGUUACAGGCUGGCAGAGAGGUAUUACUGUGUUUCGACCCCAGAACUUCAAUCAAUUUUUCAUCCAGUCUGAGGAAUGGAAAGGAGGAGUACAGCACCAGGAUGACAUUCUGUGUGCUGCAUUUUUACCCCCGCAAACUCUUGCUACAGGGAGUUAUGAUGGGGAAAUUAUUCUAUGGAACAAUAGCACAGAAAAUGCGCACCAUGUCCUUCAUCCUGAUUACCAGCGGCUGGUGAAAUCAAAAUCAGACCCAGAACCUCAAAGGCUUCUCAGUGCUAGGAAGAGCUGCUCCACCCAUCUCAUGGCAGAUCAAGGUACUAUGGGAGCCUGCACCUUUGAUAUCAACACCCAGGGCAAUAACGCUGUUAUGAAGCUUUGCUUUCUUGAAGCAAGAAAAAACAUUUCAGCAACAGGAGGAGCCAACCUAGUAUCAUGCGGAGGAUGUGGUUCUGUCAGAUUCUGGGACACAUUUAAAAAGCAACUUCUGGCUGAAUUUUUGGCUCAUAGUGGAGCUGGAUCCAUUAUUAUGUCUACUGAUAAACUGAAUCGAUAUCUCACCACAGGAGAUCUGAAUGGGUGGUUGAAAAUCUGGAAUAUACAGGAGUACUGUCUUAACUCCAGCAAGAAGAGAAUCACACAGGCUCCGCCCCUGUUAAGAUCAUUCCAGCCUCACGAGGACCGCAUAAGCUGCCUGGAGAUGUGUGAGGCGGGUGGGUGUCUGCUGGUGCUCUCAUCCUCUGCAGACUGUAGUGUUUGUGUGACUGGCGUCUGCGAUUCUCCUGUCUGGAUCUUUGGCCAGGCAAAGCAUUGGCAUUUUGACAACUAUCUCUUUCUUCCUGAAAGAGUUACUCACUUAAAGGAAAGUGAAAUUAAAAAGGAAGGCAUAAGAGCAACCCCUUUGUUUCCUAAGGAGGACUCACAUUUAGAUCCAAAAGAACAUUCUCUACUUAGUAAGGAAAACAAAGAUGACUCAACAUACAAAGCUAGACCAUCAGAAGACAUAAAUUUAGCUAUGAAUUAUAAGGAAAGAAAUACUUUUAUAAAAAAAACACAGAAACCUUAUUAUGGCGAAGUUAUACAACAAUCAUCCAGUGCAUUUCGGUCAUUAAGCAUCAGAGACCUAAAAGAACUGCCUGAGGUGCAUAAACCUGCUUUGCUCCUGGACCCUGAGCAGUAUUUCAGGGAAGAGCCACAGGAGGAGCACCCCCAAAUCCCAGAGCUCCCAUCACUUUCAGAAACUUUGAAAGCUGUAUUUGAUGAGAAAAACCUGUUCCCCAAAGGCAUCCUGGAUCGUGAAAGAAGAGCCAAGCAAUUAUGUCAGGAAACAAGUUGUGAAAUGAAGAUAAAAAAGAAAUAAGAGGCAAUUUUAAUUGAAAAAAUUCAUUGUUAUAUAAUGUACAUUUAUAAAUACAGGAAAAAUCUAGAAUUUUGUCCUUUUUAUUUGUAUUUGAGCUUCUCAAGUUUCAAAUUCAGAUGAUGCUUUGGUCCUGCCUUUAUCUAUCUCUUCCACUUUCCCUGUAUUAUUAAUGAAAGAAAAAUUGGACGAAAGAAGACAGAAAAGCAAGAAGCAUUUUCUAGUAUCAGGUGUUUUUAUGAAAUAAUUAUAAUUCCACAACAAAUUAUUCAAGUCAGUUGUCUUUCUGAUUGUUUCCGUAGAAAAAUAUUUUUGGUCAUUUUUCAUUGUAAAACUUGCAUUGAAAUAUAUUAAAAGAGUACUGUGAGUGUCUACACAUUGGAAUAUCUAUUUUUGCUUCUUUACACUUGAUAGUUAUUUUAAAAAAUGAUUCUGAAAAUAAUAUUUAGACCUUGUCAAUAGCAGCUUCUCCUGUUACUUCUUGUUGACUCAUAUCCAUUUUUUCUAGGUACAAGGGAACUUCAACAAGUGCAUGGACAAUGCAUGUUAUGAAAAACUGGGUAUAGACUGCAAUAAAGACUUUGCAUCACAAUAAACUUACCUUUUAAUCCAAA